AUGUGGGCCCUGUUUGCGAUCGUCCUCCUCCUGGGACAUGGCCAGAGGGAAAUCCAAUCCUCGAAAGUGUCAGCCACGCCAGGCCCACCGAAGGCGUUCAACGCCCUCACCCCAACAGUACCCAACAAAUUUGAUACAGUGCGUGCCAUGGUUCGCGCAUCGCACUCCGGAGAUGAAGACAAGGUGGCCAAUGACAGCUUCAUAGCAUGCGAGGAAAAAACGGUCGCAUCAACACCCACUAUUAUCUCAACAUGUCCUCCAAAAAAGGUGCGCCAGAAACACGCACGCCAAGCCCCCUCCAAAUGGUCCAAAAUAUGCACGGAUAUGAACAUUUAUUGUGUGCCCACCACGCACGCUGCCCAAUAA